AUGAAGAUAAUUAACGCCAUCUCAGCCAAAACCAGGAGAAGCAGCGACGCCGGGCAGCUUGGCCCCAGCUUGGGCUCUGGGCCCCCGGCCUGGCCCCCCGCCGUCCCCGGGCCCAGCCUGAGCCUGUACCUGAGCGAGGAGGAGGUGCAUCUCGAUGCAGAGUUAUCUUAUGUGAGGAAUGAUGUUGUUAAUCAUUACGCAUUGUCCUUCAAUCUCUUAAUAGCCAGCGAGACCCACAAUCUUCACUUCAGUUGGCAUGCUAAAUCCAAGGUUGAGUAUAAACUGGGAUUUCAGGUAGAUAAUCCCAUGGCUAUGGCUAUGCCCCAGGCCAACAUUUCUUUACAAGGAGAAGUUCCUCGCACCCUCUCAGUGUUUCGUGUCGAACUCUCCUACACUGGCAGACUUGACUCUGAGGUCACAAUACUGAUGCAGCUCAACUUGACAAUAAAUUCAUCCAAAAACAUCACAGUUUUAAAUUUCAAAUGGAGGAAAAUGUGCUACAAAAAGCUUGAACCAGAAGUAAAAUCUCCAACAUGUGACAAAAGUAGCAGCAAGGCUAUCUUUGAUCCUGUAAAUGCAGCUCCUACCACUUCUACCCACGUGUUCUACAUCAGUGUAGGCGAGUGCUGUGCCGUUAUAUUCCUGGUGGCAAUAAUACUAGCUGUCCUGCAUCUCCACAGUAUGAAGAGGAUAGAGUUGGAUAACAGCAUUAGUGACAGCAGUAGCUCCCAAGGUUUAUCCCAACCUUCCACGCAGACAACUCAGUACUUGAGAGCCAAUACACCAAACAAUGCAACACCAGUAACCAGCUCCUCAGGUUAUCCUACAUUAUGGAUAGAUAAGAAUGAUCUUAAAAGUGUCACUCUAAUGGAAGCAAAAGCUAAAGUGAAGGACAUAGCCAUCUCCAGGGAGAGGAUAACUCUAAAGGAUGUGCUCCAAGAAGGCACAUUUGGGUGCAUUUUCCAUGGAAUUCUAAUAGAGGAGAAGGAUCCUAGUAAAGAGAAACAAGUUUUUGUCAAAAUUGUUAAAGAUCAAGCUUCAGAGGUGCAGGUGACAAUGAUGCUGACUGAAAGCUGUAAUCUCAGAGGACUUCAUCACAGGAAUCUGCUACCUAUCACUCAUGUCUGUAAAUAA